AUGUCUGAAAUUUUGGUACCACUUGCUCAAGAGACAAGCGAAUCUUGGUUCCAUUACGUAAAAGAAGAGCCAAGUUUUAAUACACAUACAUCAGGAGACAAGCCGAAUUUUGAAAACCACACGUCAAGAGAAGAGUCAAAAAUACCUGGCUUUUUUUUCAGGCAGGAGCGAGCCGAAUUUUUAGGAAUCGGCACAAAGACGACGAUUGAAAUUAUACCACUUCAUGACAUACCUGUUCCCAUGAUCCCUUCACCCCUUAGGGCUCAUGCAAGAUUUAGAGCAGGCAAAGCCGUCAUUUUUAAAGAAAGAGGCAACGGUAUUCGUUCACCAAACAUUUUAAUUUAA